AUGUAUGCCCUGGACUACAGGAAUCAACCACUAAAGUGCUUUUUACUUGGUUGGCCCUCAUUGAUAACCGCAUGGGCGGGCGUCUUAUGGUUUGUUUUAUGCAUGUGGGAAUGUCUUAAUCGCCCUAUUGAACGAAGUGAGCGCUCAGUGAUGGACCCGAUGUGGUAUCGUGCGCUCAUUCCUCCUCUUGUGCCACCGGUAAUUGUUGUUGCCGCAUAUUUCAGUUGGCUCGGUUGGAAAAUAUUUACGCAUAACUGA